AACCUCUGCUGAAUUACCAAACAAAAACUAAUAAAAAAAAGAAUCUUGGGAAGGCCUUGGAUUCUGUGAAUCUAUAUGAAGCUGAAGAAGCUUUGGAACUCUCCUCCAAAACUAAACUAUCCAUGGCUUCUUUCUUUUUAAACCCUUUGCUCUACCUUCUUCCCCUUCUAUUUCUUGACCCUCUCUUCAGCCAAGCCAAUCUCCACCACUCCAAGACUUUCAAAUCAUCCCUUUUCUUCCAAUCAUCAGCCAAUGAAACCAUCUCACCGACUCUCUAUUUUGAAGUCACCAAACCCAUCAAUCUCCCCGCCACCAGGCCUUGUUCCCUCACUGUUUUACAACAUGACUUCGGCUUCACUUAUGGGAAACCUCCUGUUUUGGCUGAUUAUAACUUCCCAUCUGAUUGCCCUUUCCAGGAAUUUUCCAAGAUUGUCCUGGAAUGGAAUGCUACCUGUAAAGGCCGACAAUUUGAUAGAAUCUUUGGGGUUUGGUUAUCUGGAGUUGAACUUCUCAGGAGCUGCACAGCUGAACCUAGACCUAAUGGGAUUUUCUGGAGUGUCAAAAAGGAUAUUACCAGGUAUUCUUCAUUGCUUUUAUCCAACGACACUCAAACUUUUGCUGUUUAUUUAGGCAAUAUUGUUGAUAAAACUUAUACUGGUGUUUACCAUGUCAAUGUAACUCUUUAUUUUUACCCUGCUGUGGAAAAACCGGUUCUUUCUAAGGAAAAGUGGGGGGAUUUUGGAUCUGAGGUUGAUUCUAAGGCUGAUUUGAUUAUACCCUUUUCCCGGGAUAUGCCGCUGAAUGAUGGUUUGUGGUAUGAGAUUGAGAAUGCCACUGAUGUCAAAGUGAAGGAAUUUGUAAUUCCUCAGAAUGUUUAUAGGGCUGUAUUGGAAGUAUAUGUGUCUUUUCAUGAGAAUGAUGAGUUCUGGUAUGGAAAUCUUCCGAAUGAGUAUAUUGCUGCCAAUAAUCUUACGGAUGUUGCAGGGAAUGGACCUUUUAGGGAAGUUGUGGUUAGUUUGGAUGGCGAAGUUGUUGGUGCUGUUUGGCCUUUUACUGUGGUUUACACCGGUGGAAUCAAUCCUCUCCUGUGGAGACCCGUUAGUGCCAUUGGUUCAUUUGAUCUCCCUACUUAUGAUAUUGAAAUUACCCCAUUUUUGGGGAAUCUGUUGAAUGGGAAACCCCAUAAGCUAAGCUUUAGUGUUACAAAUGCUUUGAAUGUGUGGUAUAUUGAUGCCAAUUUGCAUCUAUGGAUAGAUAGUAAGAGCGCAAAGACCGAAGGGAAGCUUUUGCAGUAUGACAUUGUUCCUCUUAGUGUGACUUCUGUGGUAGAUUUCAAGGGUUUAAAUGGAACAUUCGUCACAAAUACGACUAGGUUCAUAUCCUCGACAGGAUGGGUUAAGUCUAGUUAUGGGAUUGUGACAACCAAAUCCAUUCAAGAUUUAAGUUAUAGUAACUCCAUGGUGAUAAAUGGGAAUCUGCAGAUCAUAAACCAGACAAUCCAUUUUAAUGACAGUGUUUAUGCAGACAUCCCGGCUCCUAAUGCUGUAUCGAAGAAAUCACUCAAGAGGUUUCUUUUCUACUUAUACUCUGACGAUAUCGAUCAAGGAAACAGAACUACAUUCUCUGUAUCUAAUGUCACUCUGGAAUUUGAUGAGAAGAAGUUUAACGAUGCUGAUGCUGGUUCACCUAGCAGUUCACUCCGGAAUUUGCAGAAAGGAAAGGGUGUUAUGGUUGUAAAAGACAACUUGGUUGUCAGUGGAGUGGCAAGCACCCAACAAUCAUACAAUUAUGAAGAUGGUAAUUUUUGCUAUUCUAGGAACAUUAGCAGCUCAAACUACACCAUUCUUUAUGAUGAAGUACGGAACACAUGCGACGAAAGAGCAAAAUCCCUUUUCAGAUACAGUCUUAGCAGAUGGUGGCCUUUUCCAGCUCGAAGAGCUUUUCUCACAUCUCAUGUAACUGAUUCGAAUGGAAGCCUGUAAUUGGACAUGUGGAGUAGUUAAUUAGAUCUUUUGAGAUUCCCACGUACAGAUACAACAAAUAAAUUGUUAAGUGUCUCCGUUUUCUUUUAAAUUAUGGAUCAAUUUGUAGGUA